CCCAGCUCUACAUCCCCGUCCUACGUGUUUGCGUUCAGGACAGAGAGACACUGCGCGUGAACUUCUCAGGUCUACAAUGUCCCCCUGAAGCCUGCACUCGACACGUUUGACUUGGGCACAAUUCUUGCAAAGGCAUUGCAAGGGUCGGGGCGGGCGACACAAGAGAUGAAUCUACGAGGGCUUGCUGUGCAAUCCAGAAAAGUCCGACACGGAGAGGACAGAGGCGGACGGGUCAAUGGCGACAGCGGAGUCGCCUCAGCAACCACGGGCUUCCUUGUCCUCGCCUCGCUUAGCAAGAAAGGACGGACAAGCGUACUGAGCACCUCUCAAAGACAAGCUAGGCUCAAAGCUAUAAGUCUACCACAGCCCCAAUCUUCAAUCGGCCAGACCAAGUCCCUCCUUCUUUGGUUGACACUAUCUAUCAAGAUGAAGACCUCUGCCUUCGCCUCUCUCGUCGCAGUCGCCUCCGUUGCACUGUUCAUUUCACCCGGCCAUGCCGCCUCAAUCGCCCCUCGUGCCGAUGUCAAUACCGAGGAGUUCGCUGCUGUCCCAUCCGGCGGUAUUGCCUACACAAGUUCGAACGCUGAGGGCUCCAAAGAGAAGACAAGGACAAAAAUAUUUUCCCUUUCGGCUAUGGCCCCUACUUUCGCCCUUCGAUCCUUGGCAAUCCGACAGGGAUCCCACAAUCUCUCGAAAACCUUGACCAACUCACUGACCCUACCCAAGACAACCCAUUCGCUAGCCCGGAUCAGACUCUGCCCUGGCGUCGCACCGAGGCCUAGACAGCGACGUACACCAGCGCCCGAUGGCUCGAACGCCUGACGUGGGCAAAGAAAGGCUUCGCGAGGCGCCCACCGCUCAGGCCCCUCUCCGAUUCCUUCAUCACCAUAGCCACCCCU